AUGGCUUCGAUGAUUAACAACUAUGAAAAGAAAAUAAAAAUUAAAAAGAGUAAAGAUCAAGCAGAGAAUGCAGCAUUAGCACUAUCGAGUAAACAACAACAACAAAAUGUAGUUGAAGAUCUUACACAUACACUCUUUAUCGAUAUGAUUACAUCAUUGCGUCUAAACGAUAUAACAAGAGCAUUGCAAUCGAUGAUUCAUCUUGUGCGUAGUGAAAAGGAGUCCCCCAAACAACCACAAUGGUCGCAUCUACCCAACUACCAACACCCAGUCUUUAAACCACUCUUUAACUACCUCGCAUACUCUCCAGCAUGCUCUGAACUCUUUCACAUCUGGGAUCAGUGUAAUGAUAAACCUCAAAUCUACGUUGCCAUCAAACCUGUCCUAUUCGAGUUGUUAGCUAUCAUUAUCACUGUCAAUGAUAGACCUGGCCAGGUCACAGACCAUCAAAAAAAGAAGACUGCAACUAGUACAAGUACAAAGACAAAUACAAGUAGUGCUAUUGUACAACCAAUCAAUUUAGCUGAAUCAAUAUUUGAAAAUAGAAUGAAUGAAUUAAAAUCAAUUAUAGUUCAAGGUAUACAUAGAGGAGAUGGAGAGAGUUCAGAUGUACCAUUGGUGAUCAAUACGUUGAGAUUAGGGGUUCAACUCGAUUCUCAACCAAGUGUCGACGGUGGGUGCCUAUUUGACGGGCAGACCGUUUGCACUGAGACUGAUGCUGGCGUUUAUCAAACACUCCAACUCGAGAUUGACCAACACCAUCAUCUCGAAACAUUUCAGAAAAUUGGUACGGUGUUUGACGGUAUCGAGAUACCCGACGACAUUCGAUGGUCGAUCGAGCGGUUCAUCGAGAAUGUAGUGACCAAGCAUGAAAGUGGUAUUGCACCACUCCCCAGCACAUCGGCAUGGCACUGGUUCAGAGCAACCGACACCAUGUCCUCUGAAGCAAACGCCAUCUCGAGUUUGGUGAGUCGACUCAACACCACUCGUUUCCAAGCUCACCAACAACUCUACAAUGUCACCUACGAGUCGUGUCCAGAACUCAUCCUCGCCACCUUUAACCCACUCCUCACACAACCAAUCCAAACAGCCACACCCAACUACUUUUACAUGCCAGAUACAUCAAGUCUUUUAAAAGAACUUUCUCUUCAUAUUCCAUCAUGUCCUUGGAAAUAUAAUCAACAACAACAACAAACAAAUAUGACUCUUAGUAGAAUAGCAAUUCCAGAAUCACCAAACAUUUUAUUAAAUAUGUUGGUUCCAAAGAAUAUUGCUAAUUUUGAUUUAGCACUUAAAGCAAAAUUACCAUUUGUCACAUAUACUCAGGCAACCAUUUAUCUAAUGUAUAUGCGUCGUUUAAAUGCUGUCAUUUCAGAGAUGACCUCUGAACUUGCAUCAAAGACACUACCAGUUGAUCGAAGCCAAUUCCAAAGUUUCAUCAAUGACCUAACAUCGAUGGCCAAAGAAAGAAUCAUCCCAAUUACCAAUUUCAAGUUAAAUGCCACUACUUAUAAAGCCAACCCACUCAUUUUUGGUGUAUUCAUUUCCAUCCUCAAUGAAUAUGUCAAAUACAUUGCACCCAAUGAAAUGAUCCCCCUCUCUCUUUUUGACCUCAAAUACCUCUUGGAAUCUGAUGCUCGUGUUCAAAUGGAUUUUAUUCAAUUGGUUUCAAAUUCAAAAUCUUUUCAUAAUCCUACUUUAGUUUCUUCAAAUUUAAUUAAUAAUGAAUCAAUAUUAAAUUUAGUUUUAAGAUUAUAUGAAAAUUGUAAAUUGAAUGAAUUAAAAACAAAAUAUCAUUCAUUGAUAUUUAAAUUGUUAUCAAUUAAUAAUUAUUUCCUUGGAAUGGAUCAUGAAAUUGAUAUUUGGAUUGGUGGAUUAUUCAACCCUACCUAUAGUGUUGCAGAGCAAUUGGAUAAUAUUAAAAUGUUUGUUGGAUUGGUUCAAGAAACUGAAUUGCAUAAAUUGGAAUAUGUCGAUAUUUGUCAAAGAGUUUCAAAUCUUGUUCAACCACAUCAUCUAAAUGAAAUCAUUGUUAGUCCUGUCCUCCUCUCUUCAUUGGUUUAUUUAAAUAGAAAUCUUCAACAACAAAACAAAGAUAAUAAUAAUAAUAAUAAUAAUUCAGCACUCCAACAACAUCAAUCACUUUAUUUGGCAGGAUGUAUUUUACAAUUGGCAUCUAUUCAUUCAACUUUUAUUUUAUCUUUAAUUCAAUUAAUCAGCAGUAGUGGUAAUAAUAGUUUAGCAUCAAAUUUAAUGUCUGGUCAAUUCAAAGGAAUUGAUAAAAAUUGUUUAGAUUCUUUUUUAAACAAUAAUAAGAAUAAUCCACCUUAUUUGGCUACAUUAAAUAAUUAUAUUUUAAAAAGAGCAAAUUGUCAACAUUACAAAGAUCUGGGAGUUGUUGAUAUUGAACAACUUUGGAAUAUCAAGGAUAAAAAAUUCAACCCUUCAAUUGAUAUUUUAAAUAGAUUUAUGCAAUCUAUUGAUAAUGGAAAUCUCUUUUCCUUGUCGAUUGAUAAAAAGGAAAUGUAUUUGAUUUUACAAAAAGUACCGGUAACCAUCAUCCUCUCCCAUCUAUUAAUAGAAUCAUCUGAUAAUAUUCAACAAUUUUACGAUUCAAUGCCACCAGUCAAACAAUUCAUCAGUCAAUCCAUCAACAACCUUUCACCAAGACAAAUGACCAUCGUCUUGCCAAUCCUCAGAGAAUUGAUUGAAAAGGAAAAUAAUCAAGAAACUAUAUCAUUUUAUUUUGAUAUCAUCUCUUCAAUCUUUUCAACUCUUCUCGCUACUCGUGCAAAUCUUGCUUUAAAAUUAAUUGAUCAAUUUAUGUUAUCUAAUUUUAUUCAAUCAAAUAUUUUAAAUCAAAAUUAUUCUUUUUGUAAGAGAACAAAACAAAACAAAAACAAACUUAACAAAACAAAGUACUUAUAUUUAUUUAUUUUUAAUUUUAUUUUAGAUAUAAUAAGAUUAAUUACAUUAAUAUUACAUUUUAACAAAAAUAUUGAAAAUAAUAUUAUUUAUGAAAUUGUAAUUAAAAUUAUUAAUCAAUUUAAAAAGGAUGUUGAAAUUGAUUUGGAUGAUGAAGAUUUGGAAGAAAUGAAACCAUCAAUUAAAGCAAUUCAAUUUUUAAUUCAUUAUUUGGAUUAUAAUAAUUGUCUAAGUAUUUGUAAUAUUUUGGUUGAUACAAAUAAUAACAAAAAGAAGAAUAGUAGUAGAUUUAUUUCUAGAUUAUUAUGUUUGGCAGUUAAUUGUUUAUUACAAGGAAAUGAAAUUAAAAAUAGUCAAUUAUUUAAUCAAUUGGUCGAAAAUUAUAAUAUUAAUCUCAAUACCUUGAUUGGUAAUUUAAUAUUAAAUCAAAACAUGACAACUACAACCAAACAAUUAAAUCAACAAGAAUCAAGAAUCAUUUUUGAAAAAAUUAUCAAUUCUCUCAUCCAAAAUAGUAAUAAUCAAAGUUGUUCUAGUUUGAUUGAUCAAACUAUAUUACAUUUAUUGGUACAAUCAAUUUCAAAUCCACAAUCAUGUUGUCAUUUUGAUAUGAUUACAACUAUUUUUAAUAAUAACAAAUAUUUGUCGACAUUGUUGGAGAAAUCUGAAAAGUUUAAAUCCGUCAUUACAACUGUAUUGAUAUUAUAUUUAAAUCAAUAUCAAUUGGAUCAAUUUAUCGGAAAUUAUUCAAAUUCUUUGACAAGCUUGGUUAAUGGUUCAGAUAAUCAAUAUUGGAUAUCAAUUAUUCAAUCUAUUAUUGUUCAUGGUAUAACUUUACCAAAUCAAACAAGAUCAAUAGUAUUGGAAAAGAUCAAAUCUUCUUCUUCUUCAUCCUCUUCUUUAUCGAUUUCAAAUUUGGUAGGAAAAUUAUUAUCAUUUACAAAAUAUGAUAAAUUGGAAACUAUGGAAACUGAUAUUAAAACAUUGGGAAUUGAAUUGUCAGCAAAACAUUUAAACAGUUUUGAUCAUCAUUAUUUAAAUCAACUCUCUUCAUCUACUUUUGGUCAAUUGAGUGAUACAUUUUUCACGAAAUUGGCUAAUCAUACAACCAAUAUUUCAACACUUGUCCUCUUUGUAUCUAUUCAAAAGGAAAGAAAUCAAAAACAUAUUCAACAUUUUAUUGAACAAUUGGUUGAAAAUUUAAAUCAACCAAAAUUAAUCUCUCCUUCACUAGCAAGAUUAAAUGUUGUUUUGGAUUCUUUAAACCAAAAUAAUAGCUCUCAAACUGUAUCAAUCAAUUACAAGAAAAUAUUUAAAUUGUUGUUUAAACAACAAUCAAUCAAUAUUUUUAAAGAUUAUAUCAAUUAUGAAAACAAGGACAAACAAGUGACUUAUCAAUUGGCACAUUUAUUAUAUAGUUUGUAUAAUGGUGACCCAAGUGAAUUGUGUGUAGACAAGAGUCAUUUUGACAAUAUUAUGCGAGCCUAUGCAGGUACACUUCACCCAGUUGAUGUGUUGCUCUAUCGUAUAGUCUAUUUACACGAAGUUCAUAAUCCAGAUUUGAACGACUCUACCAUUGGUCUAUUUGGUGCCAACUAUGACAAUCAUACAAUUGGUGUAGAUUCCUUACUGUUGACUGGAUCAUUAUUAAAUGAAGAGAUUUUAAAAUUCACCGUUACCAAUUAUCCCAUCAAUGCAACUAUGACCAUGACCACUGUCAUUCCACUCUUGGACCAAAAUUUCAAAUUGGAAUCAAAAUAUCCAUACGAUCCAUCAUUCCUUUUGCGUCUAUUCAAAAGUGUAUUGGAAGAUAUUAAAGAUAAACAAUCUUUUUUGAUGAAUGGUCCUGGUUCAUUUAUUAUUAGUUCUCUCUCUAGUUUGGAUAAUUUAGUUAGAAAACAUUCUAUUUCACUCCUAUCUACAAUCACUAAUAGAGAUAAUAAUAACAGUAAUAAUAGUAAUAAUAAUAAUAAUAAUAUUAAAUUCAUUUCACAUUCAGCCAAAUCAAUUAUUAGUCAUAUUACAUCACUCUAUUCACAUUUAAAACAAAAUCCAAUUCCAACAUUUUAUUCAAUAUUUUAUAUUCGAUCACUUGAAGCAACCAAAUCAAAUGUUACAAAGGAAUUUGAUGAAAAUGUUAAAAAGGGUCUCUAUGAUUAUUAUCAACUCAAACCAACAUCUUUUAAUAUUAAAAAAUUACCUUUAAUUGAUUAUAAAUCAUUUAUUGAUAAUCCAAUAUUAACUAGUUGGAUUUUAAAAUUAUCAAUCAAUAUAAAUAAUAAGAUUGAAAUUAAAGAAUUGAUUUCAAUGUUUGAAUCUAUAACAUGUACAAUUGAAAUUAGAUCGUUUAUUUUAACAUUGUUAACAUCGAUUGCAAGUGGUAGUAUUGGAGGAGCAAAUCAUUUGGUAUCAAGUGAAAUUAUUUCAUGGAUUUCAAGUCUAUUGACUAAUCGUAGUUUACCAAGUCAUCAUUUUGAUCAAUUAUUAGAUUUAAUAACCGAAUUGUUAAAACAUUUGGAUUUAAAUUUAUCAAAUCAAAUUGAUUCCAUUUCAAAUUUCUUCUUGAUUCAUUUAAAUCAAAUGAAAAAAUGGGAAAAGAAUGAAUUGAAAAUGUUAAAUGGUUUAUCAAAUAUUUUACAAAAUCAUAAAUUAUCAUCAACAACAAAUCAAACAUCAACAUUUUCAAUUUCAUUGGAAUCUAUUGAAAAUUUAUUACAACACCAAGGUCAACAAAUCGUCGACGAUUCAUCAUUGAUUAAAAUUGUUACAUGUAAUCCAACAGUUUAUAAUAUUGAUUUAUCUUGUACAAGUAAAGAUAAAUUAAUAUUGGUUGUAAAAUUAAUUGAUACUAUUUUAUCAAAUACAAUACAAUCAAUUCAAAGAAGAAGUAGUCCCACUACUACUACUACUACAGAUUCAACAAUUGAUCAAUUAGAAUUGAUUGUAUUGACAAGUCAAUGGAUUGAAAAAUUAUUAUUGGCAAAUCUUGGAUUAUCAAUUUAUAUGGAUUCAAAUAUUUCAACAAAAUUAAUUUCACUCACUCAUUGUCAUCAAUCAAUUUUAAAUCAACAAUUAUUCAAUAAUAAUAAUAACAACAAAAAAGAUAUUGAAAGAAUUAAUUUCAAAUCAAAUCAAAUUAUUGUUGGUUUGACAAAUUGUAUGGUUCUAUCGACCUAUAUUAAAAUUGGUAAAAAACUUUCAAAAGAUGAAAUGAAUAUUAUUUUAUCUUUACCUCGUCCAUCAACAACAACAAAAACAACAAAAAAUAAUUCAAUCAAUCAAUCAUUAUAUAAUCAAUCAAUAACAAUUCUAAAAAAAUAUCUCUAA